UUUCGUAUGUAUUUGCAGUAUUUAAGUGAAAGCGUUGUGUGCAUAAGUUUAUGGACGAAAUAUCCCAUAUAUCUUAAUAUUUCCUGAUUUGGGUGAGCGUUUAGUUUUGGCUGUUGUUUCCGAUCUGAUCGAAGGGUCUGAUCCGGUCCCAAACGAUAGUAACAUGAACCGUCAUGAGAACAUUGUGUGCAAGAGUUGCGGCAAACUGGAUUUUACUGGUCGCUGUUAUCGCUGCCUGAGUUGCCAAGACUUUAACAUGUGCGCCGAGUGUUAUGAUAGUGACUUUACCACCCCUCAGCAUCCGUUCGAUCAUCCGGUGAAGUGCGUCUUAACGGCGGCCGAUGUAGAGCUUUAUUUUGGUGGCGAAUACCUGAAUGAUCCGCCGCAGAGUUAUAGAUGUCCAUACUGUAAGCAAUGGGGUUACAAUGAGUCCACAUUUCUGGAGCAUGUUUCGGCAGAGCAUGUAGGUGCCAGUACGUUGCUCGUGUCCACAAUGGUUACCCUCUUUGAGCAGCAACAGGCAGUUCGCCUAUUCCUGGAGGAUGAACAGCUGGCAGUGUUUGCAUCCGCUGCCACCUCUCGAAACGAGCUAAUGAGUCGCAAUGAAGGUUCACUUGAAUUAUAUCUGGAGCCGUUGAAUCCAAAUGGAAGCUAUCAGCGGGAUCAUCCAGUGGUCCCCCUGACCUUUCGAGUUUCUAAACCUGGCGCUGUGGAGGUCGCUCCAUGGGUGGCCGAAAACGGCGCAUUGUCGGCAUCGAAUAGCAACCACAACGUGGACAAUAACUUUCUGAUACCUGAUCCUGUGCGUCGUCAAUCGUUGUUAGAUCGAGCCCGUCACCGUUUGAACCUUGACCGGCCACCAUUGCCGCUGCAACAACAACAGCAGCAGCAGCAGCUGAGCCCCGCCCAUUCCACACUCUCUGAUAUGAUGCGAUUUAAUGAACCGCUGCCCACCAGUCGACCUAAUCGGCUCAGCAACUUUCGCGCUAUAUCAAAUCAAUCGCCCAAUCAAACCGCCAGCGGACGGACCAUCAAUCUUUUUGGGCCUAAUGCGGCGGCAGAGAAUGUACGACGUACCUUCUACCCGCCCGGUGAGAUAUCGAGAUCGCGUACUCAACGACAUCGUACUCCUCGAAUGCAGAUGGAGGGGUUUCCGGCCAGUGGUGUUAGGCAGGUGCAUGUGCAGCGUUUAAGAGGUGGACCUGGUGCUGGACAGGCUCCUGGACCCGGUCCUGGUCAGCGGCUUGUUGAAUUUAGUGAGCUGGCCCAUGGGACACCUGAUCUGAUAAAUCAAAAUUUGUCAACCGGUCAGGUUUUGUUACGCACCAUCGAGGAAGAGGAAUUGCAGCAACAGCAGCCAUCAACAGAGGGCAAGCAACUGGAGCAAGAGCGUGAACGUUUCCUUUGCUAUCCAUUUUUGUCAUCAUCGUCCAGAUCGUUGGGUCCACCCGAAGAGCGAAUCUCAUUUCUGGUUCAACGUGCAGAAUUUGUUGCCCAGCUGUUUGCCUCGGUGCUCUGCGAGGAGGACCUAUCCAUUGGCAUUACAAACCCCAUAUUAAAAGAGUCUGAAACUACACACAAGUUUCGUAAUCGAUCCACCAGCGAGUUUGUUGGAGCCGGCGAUUCGGAACUGGAUCUGAAGCACACUACAAAAUGCUAACAUACAUACCUCGAUAUUUUUUUCGUUUUUCGGGUUAUCCAGAAAAACUUUCGUUUAAUUUUUUACUAGGCACAAAUUUUGGAGUCUCCGCCGUUUUCAACACUUUCGGACCAAAUCGCUGACACUACUGUUAGUCAAUCAAAUUGCAAUUGUCAUAAGUAUUUGCGUUUUAAGUAUGGGUUUUACCUAACCAAGUAACCCAAUGUAUUAGACGGAACAUAUCAAAUAUAGAUGCUUACAAGCAGAAACCUUGAUGCCCAAUAUCAGUAGUUUAUCGAAAUCGUAAUUGUAAUUGGGUUUUUUUUACUUUUUAUUACAAUCGAUAAAAGAGAAAUAAAACAAAUAGCUCUCCGA